AUGCAGGUUCUCAAGAUCGGAAAUACCUAUGCUGAAGUAGCAGCUAUCGGCCUGCUACGGGCGAAACUGCUUUCACAGCUGCUACUAGGUGUCGGCGGAGGAGACACGGAGCCACCAGCGGACGACAACGCAGACGAAUCAGAGGAGGAGCCAUCCGGAUUUCGAAAGGUGCAUCAGUAUCUUUCUCUGAACAAGACAUGUAACGCUACUGACACUCUUGCCAUCACCAAGGCCGGCCAAUGGAUGUACAAUAACCCCGCCAAGACGAUCUACUACGGUGCCACCGCUGGAAGCCUUGUCGUUUUGGCUGCUCCAGCUCUCGUCGCUGCACCCGCUCUGGGAGCUGCGGGCUUUGGUGCUCAAGGGAUUGUUGCUGGCUCCGCGGCGGCGGGAGUGCAAGCCGGGAUCGGUAACGUAGUGGCGCCGAGCCUAUUUGCUACCCUCCAAAGCGCCGGUGCGGCUGGGUACGGUGCCGCGGCUGUCAAUGGGGCUGUGCAGAUAGGCGCUGGAGUUUUUGCUACUACAUUCGCAUGGUUCGGGGCGAAGAAUGAGGAGAAUGAGAAACAUGAUGGCAAAGAUGACGAGAAUGAAGAUGAGAGACGUGGCGGUAAACAGAACAAGAAAUAG